AUUCCCGUGAGGUUCCGGGGCGCGGCAAAUUCGUAUGUCAUGGCUGCUUCCUGGUCUCUGGGAUGUUCCUUGACCGCUUGUGGUUAAAACCGCCUGGCUAUGUCGAGCGAGUCCCCCCUGCUGGAGAAGCGUCUGUCGGAAGACUCGAGCCGCUACCUGCGGCUGCAGAAGUGGGCAAACAUGUCGAGCGCAGACGCGUUAGGGCUAGAGAAGGAACGGCCUGAGGAGAAGGCGGCCGCGGCGGAGAACCCGCUGGUGUUCCUUUGUGCCCGCUGUCGCCGGCCACUGGGCGACUCGCUCACCUGGGUGGCCAGCCAGGAGGACACCAACUGCAUCCUGUUGCGCAGCGUCUCCUGUAACGUCUCUGUGGAUAAGGAACCGAAACUGUCCAAGUGCAGAGAUGAAGACGGUUGCAUCCUUGAGGCGCUGUACUGCACGGGCUGCUCCCUCAGCCUUGGCUAUGUGUACAGAUGCACUCCUAAGAACCUGGACUACAAGCGCGACUUGUUCUGCCUCAGCGUUGAAGCCGUUGAAAGUUACACCUUAGGGUCCUCUGAGAAGCAAAUCGUGUCAGAAGACAAGGAGCUUUUCAACCUUGAAAGCCGAGUUGAAAUAGAGAAGUCUAUAAAGCAGAUGGAAGAAGUCCUGACAGCCCUGCAAAAGAAGCUACGGGAAGUUGAAUCUAAACUGUCCUUGGCCAGCCGGGGCAGCUGAGCUGUGUCCCAUCCGCCACCAUGCCCCACCCUCAUUCCUAACAAACUCUUUCUCUGCCUUUAAUUUAGGGUAAGAGGUAACCGUUUCCCGUGUUUGAAUUAUAAGGCCAGUUUAUGGGAUUUUAAUGUUUUAAUUUUAAUUAAAAGACCAGGGUGAUUUUCUGUCUUCUUUUUCUAUUAAAUUUGUUGUUUGUAUGUAUGUAUGUGCAUGUAUGUAUAUAUGUAUGUAUUUUUAUAUCUUUUAAAAACUUUGUUACUUUUAAUACUUUGAGUACUUAAGAGUAGAGAGAAAAAUCUUGUUUUACCCUUGAAAAUUAGUGCUUAAGCCUCUCUGGAAAAAUUGUCAGUUGACUUGUUAGAAUGAUUUAAAUUUGUGUAAAGUAUCAUUGUGUCAUGAGACCCCCAUUUUGCUGUGUGCUACUUCAUGCUUAAAGAGUCUGGAGGCUACUCAACCGAUAGUGCACUCUCUGGGUAAGAUAUUAGUGGACUGUAUUUAGAUUUAGAUUUUCUAUAAUGCAAUACCUUUAUAAGGAAUGUAUUCAUUUUUAUAAUAAGAGAAUAAAGAAUUCAAAAGUGCUUGAACGUUC